ACGUAAUCGCCUUGCAAACUCUGGCGCCUAGUUUUGCAACAUUACGGGGUUAAUGCGACUGAUUAGGUCCGAAAGUAGCUUUGAAGACAAAUUCUGCAGAACUGUCCGGCAGGCUAAACAUGGCAUCGUUUCAGCAGCUUAUAUGUCUUGCGACUUUAUUCGUUGAAAUGAAAUUUGAAACGACUGCUAUUAACAAACUGAUUUCAACUGUGCCAUAUGAUUUUACAUCUAAUCUAACAUCCGCUGCAACGUUCCGUGCAAGAUCGACUCCACCGACUACGCGCACUUCCAGUAACAAGGACAGAAAAGUCGCUCCAACAAAGAUUGCCCUUUUCUCGACGACUGCAAAGCCAACGAAGAGAGCUACCACGAAAGCCACGCCGGUCAUCUUCAAAGCUGAAGACCUUAAUGAGAAAAUUGAUAAACAUUUAGAAAGAUGGAUAUGGAGUAAAGUAGAAGACAACGAACCGCCUAAAUUAGAGUGUCCUCCUUUGGGACUGGAAAGUUUGCGAGUUAGAGACACCCAACUUCAGGCUUCCUCCUACAAGCGCCAGGGCCUGGGACCCCACCGCGGCCGACUCAACAUACAGUCUGGUAUUGAGGAUGGGGAUAUCUAUGAUGGAGCCUGGUGUGCGCUGUAUGAGGACAGAGAGCAGUGGCUGCAGGUGGAUGCCAUGACAACUACACGCUUUACAGGAGUUAUCACACAAGGCCGCAGCUCCAUCUGGAGCUGGAACUGGGUAGAAACCUUCAAGGUACAAUUCAGCAAUGACUCCCUGAGCUGGAUGCCCUGCAUGAACGGGACCCAGGAGGCGGUGUUUGAGGGCAACCGGGACACUGACAGCCCAGUCCUGGCUGUCCUGCCCGAGUCCACUGUGGCGCGCUACAUUCGGAUCAACCCGCAGACCUGGUUCAAGAAUGGUACCAUCUGCCUCCGGGCUGAGGUGCUGGGCUGCCCCCUGUCAGACCCAAACAUCUACCAGUGGCAAGCGCAGGAGGAUACUCGGGACAAACUUGACUUCAGACAUCAUAACUACAAGGAAAUGAGGAAGCUCAUGAGAUCUGUGAACGAGGCCUGCCCAGACAUCACACGUAUCUACAGCAUUGGAAAGAGCUACAUGGGCUUGAAACUAUAUGUGAUGGAGAUCUCCGACCAGCCAGGCAAACAUGAGUUGGGCGAACCGGAGUUCCGCUACGUGGCCGGUAUGCACGGCAACGAGGUCUUGGGCCGAGAGCUGCUGCUCAACCUGAUGCAGUACAUCUGUCAGGAGUACAGACGCGGCAACCAGCGCGUGGUUCGGCUGGUGAAAGAGACCCGCAUCCACCUCCUGCCCUCCAUGAACCCGGACGGCUACGAGAUGGCUUACAAGAAGGGUUCGGAGUUGGCCAGCUGGGGCAUGGGCCGCUUCAGCUAUGAAGGCUUCGAUAUGAACAACAACUUCGCCGACUUGAACUCGGUGAUGUGGAAUGCCAUGGAGCUGGAGACAGACAAGUCCAAGCUCAUCAACCAUUACAUCCCUAUCCCUGAGCAAUACACAUCAGAGGAAGCCUUGGUGGCUCCUGAGACGCGGGUGGUCAUCAGCUGGAUGCAGGCCAUCCCCUUCGUGCUCAGUGCCAACCUCCAUGGGGGGGAGCUGGUGGUCACAUACCCCUUCGAUAUGACACGGGACUGGGCCCCAAAGGACCACACCCCCACUCCAGACGACAGCUUCUUCCGCUGGCUGGCCACCGUUUACGCCAGCACCAACCACGUCAUGUCCAACCCCGACCGCCGGCCGUGCCACAACAAGGACUUCGUGCGGCACAAUAACAUCAUCAAUGGCGCCAACUGGCACACGGUGCCUGGAAGCAUGAAUGACUUCAGCUAUCUGCACACCAACUGCUUCGAGGUAACCGUCGAGCUGUCGUGCGACAAGUUCCCACACGCCAGCGAGCUGCCCAUCGAGUGGGAGAGCAACAGAGAGUCUCUGCUGACCUACAUGGAGCAGGUGCACCGCGGGAUCAAAGGGGUCAUACAAGACAAAGACAGCGGAGCCGGAAUCGCAGAUGCUGUCAUUAAGGUGGAAGACAUCGACCACCACAUCAGAUCCGCCUCCAGCGGGGACUAUUGGAGGCUGCUGAACCCCGGUGAGUAUGACGUGACAGUGGAGGCGGAGGGCUACUACCUGGCCACGCGCUCCUGCAGGGUGGAGUACGAGCUCUACCCCACCAUCUGCGACUUCCUCCUGGAAAAGACCCGCAAGCAGAGGCUACGGGAGCACUUGGCCAAGGGCGGCAAGAUCCCCAAAGAUCUGCAGCUCCGCCUGCGCCAGCUACGCCUGCGCAAGCUCCGCACCACCACCAAGGCCCUCAACCGGCAGCGGGCCGCCCGGCUCCACCUUAAACUGCGACCUGUUGUGCGGGCUCAAUGACAGGACUUGACUCGAUGACAGCACUACCCUCUGCAAGGUGUUACUUACAGGGUGUGUGUUCUGGAGAGAGAUCAGGAAAAGACCAGGACUCUCUUUGGCUCAGAGUCCAAGACGAGGUUGUUUAAAGGUUGAGUAAGGGAUUAUUGGGUUUGUAGAUUGUAUUUUGUACUUUUGGGAAUAAAUGUGUGCAAUUAAGGUUCACUGCUGUUCAACCCCUGUUUACUUUGUUCAGUCAUAUGAACAUUUCUGACUAUGUACUUUGACAUUUCUCUCAGUCUCACACACAGGAUACAAGACUUUCAACUAAUGUUCAUUAUUUCAGGCUGGAACUGAUGUUUUGUAAAACAGAUACAAUAAAAUUGGAUCUCUCAAA